GCAAGUUUUUCUUCCUGCCUGUUUUUUCUCCCUUCAAUUGAUUCUCCUCAAUUAGCUUUUGGGAUACCCUCUUUUUGUAUACUAUCAUUUUAACAUCUUUCCAGUCUCUUUAGACUUUACUACACAUAUUCACAAUGGCCAAGGACGCUGGUUUCGCUCCUGGUGACUCUGCCAAGGGUGCCAAGCUCUUCCAGACUCGCUGCGCUCAGUGCCACACUGUCGAGGCUGAUGGUGCCAACAAGGUCGGCCCCAAGCUCCACGGUCUCUUUGGCCGUCAGACCGGUUCCGUUGAGGGCUACGCCUACACCGAUGCCAACAAGCAGGCCGGUGUCACUUGGGAUGAGAACACUCUGUUCAAGUACCUCGAGAACCCCAAGAAGUUCAUUCCCGGUACCAAGAUGGCCUUCGGUGGUCUCAAGAAGGGCAAGGAGAGGAACGACCUCAUCACGUAUUUACCUCAAGGAGAGCUGUGCUUAAACUCUCUUUUUAACGUGAACAAAAUUCUUUCUUCGACCCGGUUCAAGCGACUUGUCGCAUCGGAUCUGAUACGUUCCCAGAUCCUCGGCAGUUUGACGGACAGGGCAUGUAAUAUUACUCAAUACCUUGUUUACUCGCAAUAGACGUGAUUUUUCCUUUGUGCGCAGGAUUUGCGGGUUUCAUAGAAACACGUUUCCUUCACGAGCUUG